AUGAGUAACCUUCUCUUUGCCCCACCCAGAACUGCAGCGGGAAGAAGUCCGCUAGUCCAAAUUGAAGUGCAAAAGUUUGUGACUCGGCCAGUCCGCCUUUGUCCUCAUUUCUCCCUCUUUUUUCCCAAUCUCAAGCUCCACCCUCGCGGGCUCUUUGCCUCGCCUCCAGCCUCCAGCCUCCGCCUUCUCAUCCACAAUUGGCCGAUUGUCCAAAUUCCCAUCGCCACUUUCACAUCCCCUCCACGCCCACUCCUGCCGGCGCCUCUGUUCGACAGGCUUCUCUUCUCUCGCGGUCGUCCGAGCGACGACUCACCUGCUAGUCCCCUCCCGCCUCCGUCCGUUGACGUUCGUCACGAAAAGUCUGCCAUCAAAAGCCAAAUGCCAGUUUCCUGGGCUGUGAUUGCACCCGAGGGAAUUGGGCUCGUAGUUCUGCUUCGAACCUGCGUGAGUCAUUGGCAGACAAGUUGCGUCUGUCAGUUGACUCGUGCUGAUGAGGCGAAAUAA